ACAAAAGCUGUACUAAAACUUUGAUAUUGUUUCGUGACGGUGCUUGUGUUCUUUAUAAUGCUGCUGCUGCUGCAAAGUAAAGCUGCUUGUAUUAGACCCUAAUAGACAAACAUGCACCAAAGCCAAAGGAAAGACUGAAUGAAAGUGUUGUCUUUAGUCCUCGAAGCUCUGAGCUCACAGUGAUGAUCUCUCAGAUCAGCCUGAGUCUGUACCUGAGUGGAGUGGAGGCCGUGAAUCAGUCAGCGCUGGAGCACAGAGGAAUCACUUUGCUGGUGAACGCCUGCGCUGAAUACCCCUGUCCCGAGUAUCAGGGGGUGAAGUGCGUUUGGGUGCCGGUGGAGGACCGUCCUCACGCCCCUCUGGAGCAGCACUUUGAUAGCGUGGCUGAGCAGAUCCAGCAGAACCGCUCUGGAAGCUCUCUGGUGUUCUGCUCGGCCGGGAGAAGCAGGUCUCCGUCUCUUAUCAUGGCGUAUCUCAUGCGCUUUGAGGGUCUCUCGCUGCUUCAGGCUCAUCAGCGGGUUCUGGCAGCACGGCCCUUCAUUCGACCAAAUGCAGGCUUCUGGAGACAACUGCUUCAGUAUGAGAGGAAACUGACCCACAGCAACAGCAUCAGGAUGGUGUCCACCUCACAGGGCGUCCUACCGGAGGCCAUCCAGCUCACACAGGACUCCUCAUACUGCCUGGAUGUUUAAUUCUGGACACCCUGAACUGGACAUAUUUUUAUAGUGUGUGUGUGUAAAACAAAUAGCUCUGUAGUAUUUAAUUGUAAGUAAAACAUAUAUUUCAGUAUAAUACAAUGAUAACUGAGUCUGUUGUAACUUUUUUGAUGUAUAGAUUUUAAC